AUGCGUGCGUUGCAGUUCAAUUGGAACGAUGUCAUGAAAAACUAUCUUUCUAGUGUCAACAAAAUAACGCUGCGUACACCGUUAUCCGGAACGGUGAGAAAUGUACUCGAAGAGUUCCCUUCAGUUUUCGAUGAUUCUAUUGGAGAGAUCACCAAAGUUCAAGCUUCGCUAACCCUGAAACCGAAUAGCAAACCUGUAUUUUUGAAAUCUCGUUCAAUACCUUUUUCUAUUCAAGAUGUUGUGGAAAACGAAAUCAAUCGGAUGGUGGAAAAGGGGAUCUUGUUGAAAGUUAACCACAGUGAAUGGGCGACUCCGAUAGUGCCUGUGAUGAAGUCCGCCAACAAGGUGCGUCUGUGUGGGGAUUUCAAGCUGACCGUUAACAAGAAUCUGUUAGUGGACGAACAUCCUUUACCGACCAUAGAUGAAUUAUUCGCCAACAUGGCCGGUGGCGAGAAAUUUUCUAAACUGGAUUUAGCACAAGCAUAUCUCCAAAUGGUUGUUAGACAGGAAGAUCAACCAAUACUCACAUUAAACACACAUCUGUAG